GCGGCGCUGGAAUCCAUCGCUCCGGAGGACCAAGUGCUGCUCUUUGGUGGGAGCCCACUGGAGGAUGGAGCCGUGCUGGAACUCAGCGGUGUUCCCGAAUUCUCCACUCUGGAAGUGGCUGCCCGGCUUCUGGGGGGUAAAGUUCACGGCUCGCUCGCCCGCGCUGGCAAAGUGAGGGGGCAAACCCCAAAGGUGGCCAAACAGGAGAAGAAGAAGAAGAAGACGGGCCGAGCCAAGCGACGCAUGCAGUACAACCGACGCUUCGUCAACGUGGUGCCCACCUUUGGCAAGAAGAAAGGCCCCAACGCCAACUCCUAAAGGCAACAAGUGCAGCCCCUGCUGGAAAUUCGGGGCUUUUUGGGGGGGC